GCUAUUCCCACGCUUGGUGUUCUGCGUUUAUUCCGGUGCCUUCGUAUCUUAUGUUCAGGUUUCGUUGAUUUCUGGUUUCAUACGUUAAUUUUUUGAAAAUUGCAUCUAAAAUACUUACCUGUUCGGUCACUGUGGGAUCUAAUUCAACUGACCACGGGGAAUUUUUUAACAUUUUUGCGAUUUUAAGGCCGUCCUCACCCAGAAUAAGGUCAAGGAGUAAGUCCUAGUUCUUGAUUGAAAGUUUCUCUAACCAAGUGGGUGAAAAUGUACCGUAUGAAUUUCUACGAGAGCACCUGUCUGCGGUGCGGGCAGACGGUGUACCAGGUGGACAGGGUGGGGCCCCUGAAGGACUUCACGUUCUUCCACAGUGGGUGCUUCAAGUGCUCGAUCUGCGGGACGAAGCUGACCCUAAAAACCUACUACAACAACCAGCACAAGCAGGAGGACAAGGAGGUCUACUGCCACAGCCACGUGCCCAAGAUCGGGCCCGGACACUUGGACGGUUCGGCCGUGGGUAUCCGGUCCGCCCUGAACGUCCCGAAAUCGGCCCCGUACGUCAACGACCAGAUCCGGGGCUCCGGCAAAGGGACCUUCGACGCGGAGGCCCUGAAUAUCCGGCCGCACCUGAACGGGAGCUUCAACACGUCCCUGAACACGACCAACAGCUCCAACGGGCAGAACCACUCGAACCAUCACACCCCCACCCACGACAACUAUCAGUACGGCAGGUUCGAUGCCAGUGCUCUGCACAUAGCCCACGCCUUGCGGCAAACGGAGAUACAGAAAGGCUACAACAAAGUUAAAGAGAAACCUCUCGAAGUCUAUCUGGAUAAAGACGAACAGACGAGACUGGAAAUGAAACACCGGAAAGAAGAGGAUGACUUAUACCGGAAGUUCGCGAAACAGCGAGAAGAGGAGGACAAACGAAUGAAAGAAGAAUUUAGAGACGAAUGGGAGAAAGAAUUAGAGCGAUUGACAAAUCGAUUCGAAAAAGAAUUACAAACCAAAAGGAAAAGGCCGGAAGAUCAAAAAGUGCUGACAAUGAGAUUGCAGCAAGAAAAAGAAAAUUUGGAAAAGAACAUGACCAUUAGACGAGACAAGAAGAAGGAAUCACUUACCAGAAAACUUCUUGAACAUGAAAGAGCGGCGACGGCAGCGCUGGUGGAGAAGCAGAGCAGCGAAAUGUUGGAGCUGAUCAACGAAAAACGGAGCGAGUACAUGAUGGCCGAGUCCCUGUACCUGGACGAGGGGGGCGGCUACACGGAAGACGCCCUUCUCCCCUACCCCAGUCAGGCCCCGGUCCCCGCCCCACCCGCUAUCUCAAAGUUCCAACUUUACAACGACCCCAUCGAGUUUGCUCACGUCGAUCAAAUCGCCAUCUCGGUGGCGCAAGAAGAUCAAAAGACUUUUACCGAUUUAGUAAGGCAGUUGGUAGGGAGAUGUGGAUCCGAUAUCGAAAAAGCCAGGACUAUAUUCAGAUGGAUUACAGUGAAGAACCUAAAUACGAUGCAGUUUGACGACAAUCUAAGAGGCGAUACUCCGAUGGGUCUUCUUAGGGGGAUCAAACACGGAACAGAGAGCUACCAUGUUUUAUUCAAGCGUCUUUGCAGUUAUGCAGGUUUACACUGCGUAGUCAUCAAGGGCUACUCGAAAUCCGCGGGUUAUCAGCCUGGAAUCCGCUUCGAGGACAAUCGCUUCCGCAACUCGUGGAACGCGGUUUAUGUGGCCGGCGCGUGGAGAUUUGUGCAGUGCAAUUGGGGUGCCAGACACCUCGUCAACGCUAAGGAGGUACCAAAAGCUGGCAGCAAAGGAAAAUCAGAUAGUUUAAGGUAUGAGUAUGAUGACCAUUAUUUCUUAACGGAUCCAAGAGAAUUCAUCUAUGAAUUUUUCCCCCUUCAAUCCGAGUGGCAACUCUUGAAAAACUCGAUUUCACUACAAGAUUUCGAAGAGCUACCUUUCGUUAGAUCACUGUUUUUCCGUUACGGCCUGUAUUUCCCCGACUCCCGCACCAAAGCAGUCAUGUACACCGAUGCAACCGGUGCAGCGACAGUCCGGAUUGCAAUGCCAACAAAUAUGCAGUCCAGUUUAAUAUUCCAUUAUAACUUAAAACUAUACGGCAGCGAAGGCGACACCUACGACAAUGUCAGCUUGAAACGAUUUGUCAUGCAGUCCGUGGUUGGAAAUGUCGCGGCCUUCCGAGUGCACGCCCCUAGCAGCGGGGCCUUCUUGUUGGACAUAUUCGCAAACGCUGUGACGCCCAAAGAGUACCUGACCGGAGAGCCAAUGAAAUUCAAGAGCGUCUGCAAGUUCAAAAUCAUCUGCGAGGAGCUCCAGACCGUGAUGGUUCCUUUGCCGGACUGCGCGAGUGGCGAAUGGGGACCAACCAAGGCAACGAGACUCUUCGGGCUCAUCCCAAUCACACAUCAGGAUGCUCUAGUUUUUGCCGGUAGAGAAUUGGAACUCCAAUUCCGAAUGUCAAGACCCCUGACGGACUUCAUGGCUACUCUUCACAAAAACGGAGUUGAAGAGAAACGAUUGUCUAAAUUUGUGUCACAUACCAUUACAGAUGACGAUAUCGUAACCUUCCUGAUCAGUUUUCCCGAGGAGGGACAGUAUGGCCUAGAUAUUUACACGAGAGAAGUCAAUAGUCAGACGGAGAAUAGCGGGGAAAAACAUCUUCUCACACACUGUUGUAAAUAUUUAAUCAAUAGCUCCAAACGAAACUGACGAAAAAAUUCCACCUCUGUGUAAGCACAGUGGGGUCCAAGAAUGUUGGCUGUGUGGAGACACACGGAUAGAUUACCAAAAAGUGUUCGCGCUAGGGAAAAAAUUGUGUAUAUGAUGCAAUCGUUGGAUAAUUUGCACGAGUUCAAUGGGCCUGUUGCAAACUUUUGCUAGAGCAAAAGUAAGAGUUGCAAAAUAAGAGAGCAAAUAAAAUCACGAUGAGCGCAUUGGCAAAGUUUGAAAUGUAUUCCUAACUUUACAAUCUCCAUAAAAAAUCUGCGUUUUUUUCAGCUUCGCACUUCAAAAACGAUACGAUGGCACAAGUGAACAUUUCGUUAGAGGAGUCGUGCCAUUCAACCCUUUCGCAAUAUCGGAAUUGGGAGCACAAGACCAAAACGGAUCUUUAUCAACGCGAAAAAAUCGUGAAUUUAAGCACGCUGGGUUGUUAAAAAAUUGUUAAAAUCUCGUCCAGGCACAUGUGUUUUGGCGGAUUGGUGUCAGCCAUGUUGAAUAUUGUAUAGUAUCCAAGUGUGCAGGGGUUGGAUAGAACGACACCUUUAACGAAAUGUUCACCUGUGCCGUAGUAUUGUUUUUGAAGCGGGAAGCUCAUAAAAACGCAAAUUUCUCAGCAGAUUGUGAAGUUAACAGUGCAUUUAAAACUUUGCCAAUGCGCUCAUCGUGCUUUUUGAGACAAUUACUGAUAGAGAUAACUCUUACUUUUGUUCUAGCAAAAGUUUGCAACAGGCCCAUUGCUUGAAGCAUACUAUACUUGUUAUAUAUACUUGAAUUUGUUUCAAAAGGUUUUUUCACGAGUUGCAGCUGCGUAUGGAGCAAAAUAAACCUUGAGAUUAGUUUUUUCAGUCAUUUAAAAUCAUAAAAUCUGUGAGACAUAUUCAAUUUCAUGUACAAGUAAUACGGCGAAUAUGCAAUUUGUCCAAAAUCAGACAGUAUUGUACGAGUGCAACCUGCAUUAUAGAAGUGCUCUGAGAGCGGUCACACAUCCAUCGGUUUCCUUCUCAUGAAGUGAUCUGUCUGAAAAUGCUGCUCAAAAUCUGGAAUUAAGUCACGUGAUUUUUGCCUAGUACGGCAGAAUUAUCAUCUCAUCAUAAGUACAAUUUUCUCCUUGAACAUGGCAUGAGAUAUCCUAGGCGUGAUACCUUACCUCGAUCAUGAAGCUCAAUGUCGUAUGGUCGUAUGGUCGUAUGGUCGUAUGGUCGUAUGGUCGAAAGGAAUGUCUAAGGAUUAUCAAUUCACCGUAUCAUAAGUUCUAAGAGAGGGAACGUCUCUUUUUUUUCAGAGAGUCUUUUUAGUUAAAGAAAAGUUAAGCAAUGCACUUCUCAUUGUACAUUCCUGCCAUUGAACUAAACUUUUGAACUUCUGAAUUGAGUCUAUAACUCAAAAUUUUGGUCCACGUCAAGACCAUUUUGGAUGCAAAUUAUGAUGCCUUAGCUCCGAUCAUGAGAUGGGUUCCAUGCGUGAAUUUCUUGUAUCUAUGCAGUGAUCUGCGAAAAAAUAUAAUAAAAUAAAGAUGAAACUUUCAACAUUUGUCCUUGGCAGCCUAGAAGACCUACCAUAGCUUUAUCUACACGAAUAAAACUGAUAUCAUCACUCGUGCAGACCCCAAAAAUCAGGAACAAGUGCCGCAUAAUUUUUGUUUGAAUCGCAAAAUGUUAUCUUCAUGACGAAAA